AUGCCGUCACUAACUGCUCCUGUCAAUUUCAUGCCCCGAAGCACACUCACGCGCCAGAACUGUGGUAACAUACACACACCGAGGCAGGCGGACAAGACCGACUUUUGGGGCACACUCCUAGCAAGCGCGGAGCGCCGGAAAAGUGCUGGUGAACGCGGUGCCAGUCAGCUUUCCAAUACCAUGGAGAAGAACAAGACACAGGGACAGGGCGGUAACACUUCAGAUGAGAAAGACAGCGAUGGCGAUGUAGCCAUGGAAACCAUCGACCCAACUCUUCUUGAUCGUCCAGGUAACACACCUCUAUCAACUCAUUCUGACACGUCAACUGUAGGCUCUCUCAGAGCUUUGGUUAGCAGAACACGAUAUCGACGCGUCAAGUCGCGCUCCAAAGUGCACAGUACGACUGACAAGAACUAUGUUGGACAAAAACCUAUGGUUCCGAGACACGUGACAACGGAAUUUGAGGACCAGGUCAACAACCCAUAA